AGGCGGCAAGGCUGCGCGUGACGUUGGUUGGCGGCGAAGGGUGCGAACGACGGCGUAUGCUAUCGACUCGACGCCCACGCUUGGCGAGCUGCGCCAGACCUUGCGCCUAGACUAGUCUGUUGAGGGUGGACCGGCCGCCUUGGGAGGGUACAAGAAGGGACGGACGAUGGAUAAGAGAGGAAGGUGCAGUGGUGACCGUAGGAUUAUUCGCCUGCUGGACGAGACGAGAUGGCCCUUAGACGAAUUGAGUAGGCAGAGAGGCGCCUCGAUGCGUCGAUGUGGAUGGGCGAUGAGGGCGAUGCGAUAGCGAUCACCGACAAGAGACGGCGAGGGCGCCGAAUAGGUACCACGAGAGUCCUGAGAAGCCGCUCUAGCUUGAUGGAUCCAGGCACGCGGCGACGAGCGGAUGAGACGGCGGAUAUGGGAGACAGGGCAACCGCAGCUGCGCUUCGAGUCUUCAGAAGAGCCGGGGUGUGGCUUCCGCUAGGUGGUGAGAUGGUGGGAAUGGAUGAUGCUGCUGCAGCGCGUACGAGUGUGUGCAAGGAUGCAAGCGUGCUGCGAUGCGUUGGACGAAGGACGAGGACGAAGACGAGGACGCGGAUCAAGAAUGACGAAGCCUUGCACUGGAUGGUAAGAUCGCGGCUGGUUUGCUUGCUGUCUUUGCGACUGAGACCGCUGAGACUUGGUGAUCCAGAGCACGAUGAGUAUCCCUUCUCUCUUUCCCCCCCUUCUUGUCUCGCGACCCACGAUCGAGCUGCGUCCGCUCGAGAUGGACGAAAACGCAGAGAAGAAUAGGCAAGCUCGCUGCCUCGCUCCCAAGGAUAUGAUGGGAGAGAAAGUGGCAGCGACGGAGAGGGUGGCAAUGACAAAGGGGAAAAAGAGCAGACGUCGUCGCUGGCCGACACCUUGCUCCUUUGGUGAUGUGUGAGACAGACAGACAGACAGACGACGUCUCAAUCUCGUCGACCCGCUCGUCGUAGCGGGCGG